GGUCCUGGCGCUGGGGAAAACGCGCCAAGUUCCCCGUGGUGGGGAGCGCGGGAGCGGGGUGUCCUGCUGUCUCCAUAGCAACUGGGCGGGGGUGCGCGGCCGCUUGCGGGGCUCCGCGAGGAUGUAGCGGGCGCCACCCGCCUUGCCCCGCCAGCCAGGGAAGAUGCCCGGGGUGCUGCCCAGCGAGAGCAGCGGGCCGGCAAGAGGGAGCCCGUCUAAGAAGAACCGGCUGUCCCUGAAGCUCUUCCAAAAAAAGGAGGCGAAAAGAGCCCUGGACUUCACGGAGGCGCCACCAGACAAUGAGCAUGCAGGGUGCGAGUACAGCCGGGGCACAGAAAUUGAUCAGGUUGUUCCUGCAGCACAACCACCUUCACCCAUUAGCUGUGAGAAAAAAGACAACAUGUUGCCUUUUGUGGGGCUGAAUAAUCUUGGCAACACUUGUUAUCUUAACAGCAUACUUCAGGUGUUAUAUUUUUGCCCUGGCUUUAAAACUGGAGUGAAACAUUUAUUUAAUAUUGUUUCAAAGAAGAAAGAAAUUUUAAAGGAUGAAGGAGAGCAAAAAUCAGAAAAGGGAAAUUGUAAAGAUGAUUCAAGGGCAAGUUGUGAACUGAUCUGCAGUUUGCACUCCUUGAUUCUUUCAGUUGAACAGCUUCAGGCCAGCUUUCUCUUAAAUCCAGAAAAAUACACGGAUGAACUUGCUACUCAGCCAAGAAGGCUACUAAAUACACUUAGAGAGCUGAACCCUAUGUAUGAAGGGUACUUGCAACAUGAUGCCCAGGAAGUAUUGCAGUGCAUCUUAGGUAACAUCCAGGAAACAUGUCAGCGUUUGAAGAAGGAAGAGUUGAAAAAUAUGCCACUGGAAGAGUCUGUAGCACAACUGGAGGAAAAGCCUAAUCAGAGUGUUGAAAGCAAUGGCACGAACAGCCCUGGUGAGGAUGAUGACAAUACGCCAAGUGCUCACAUUGCAGAGGAAUAUGAGGACAAGCUACUCAAAGGAAAUGGGAAAAGAAAAAGUGAAACUGAGGGUGGGAAUGCAAAGAAAAAAUCUAAAGUAUCAAAGGAGCAAAAUUCAGUAGAGGAAAAUCAGAGACAAACCAGGUCAAAGAGGAAAGCAACAGGGGAAAAACUAGAACCCCAAACAGAUGCCAUUGCUAAGUGCUGUGUUGAAAAUGAGACUGCAAAGCCAACCCAGAAGAAGUCACGAGUUAAAAUAAACUGGUUAAAAUCUUCAGGAAAACAGCCCAGCAUUCUGUCCAAAUUCUGCACUUUGGGAAAGUUAACAACAAACUUGGCAUCCAAAGACCAGAUGAAAGAAACUGAUGUUGGUGGACUUAAAGAGGCAUCUGUGAGGUGUGAAAAUGGUAACAAUAUAAAAGAAGAAUAUUGUGAGCCUGUCUCUCUGGAAAGUGCUGGUCAAAAAGGGACUGAGAAAGCAAUAAAAAGUGAAGGUGCAGAGCUAGCUGUUUAUGAACUAGUGGAGAAACUCUUCCAGGGUCAACUGGUGUUGAGAACACGAUGUUUGGAGUGUGAAUGCUUUACUGAGAGAAGAGAAGACUUUCAGGACAUAAGUGUGCCCGUGCAAGAAGAUGAACUUUCUAAAACCGAUGAGAGUUCUGAAAUUUCUCCAGAGCCAAAAACAGAAAUGAAGACCCUAAAAUGGGCAAUUUCACAGUUUGCAUCAGUGGAGAGGAUUGUGGGAGAGGAUAAAUAUUUCUGUGAGAACUGCCAUCAUUACACAGAAGCAGAACGCAGCCUUCUAUUUGAUAAAAUGCCUGAAGUAAUAACAAUUCAUUUGAAGUGCUUUGCUGCUAGUGGCUUAGAGUUUGAUUGUUAUGGUGGACUGUCCAAGAUAAAUACUCCUUUACUGACACCUCUUAAAUUGUCACUAGAAGAAUGGAGCACAAAACCAACCAACGAUACCUAUGGAUUAUUUGCAGUAGUAAUGCACAGUGGCAUUACAAUCAGCAGCGGACACUAUACAGCUUCUGUUAAAAUUACAGAUCUUAAUAGUCUGGAAUUAGACAAAGGCAAUUUCUUCAUCAACCAAAUGCACGAAAUGAUUAAGCCAGAACCACUGAAUGAGGAAGAAGCAAGAGCUGUUGCUGAAGAUUAUGACGAUGGUGAAGUCUCCUUUAGAGUCAAUGGAAAUGCCCAGCCAAGUAAAGUUUUAAACAAAAAGAACAUAGAAGCAGUUGGACUUCUUGGGGGACAAAAAAGUAAGACUGAUUGUGACCUGUAUAGCAACAAACCCACUAACCCAGAGAAGCUCGUCAGUACAGUUGCUGAAAACAGAAAUCCUGGGUCUGCCAGUACCAAUGGGAUCUUGGAUCUAGAUAGAAAUAAUGAACGUGGUGAUCAAAAUGGAACUGCUUUCAGUGGACUGGAAAGCAAAACUUUGUAUGCAUUACAAAGCCUAAAAGAAUAUGAGGGAAAGUGGCUGCUUUUUGAUGAUUCUGAAGUCAAGGUUACAGAGGAAAAAGACUUUCUGAAUACUCUCUCUCCUACUUCAUCAUCCACAUCAACUCCUUACUUACUGUUUUAUAAGAAAAUUGUAGAGUAAUAAUGUAUUUUGCCUAUGUAAAUAUUAGAGAUUUGCAUACUCCUAUUGAUAUGAUUUGCAUCAAGACUACCUUCAAGUAACAGCUAGGGUUUUUUUUAUUCCUUUUGUUUUGUUUUAGCUACUGGAUGACAUUUAUUUUUGGUCUCUUAGUUCUGUUUUGAGUGGGACAAUUUGAGUUAACAAAACAUGUCACAGAACUUCAACUCUCCCUUACAUGCUGGUGGCUAGUGCUACUGCCUUUUAGGCAUACAGGUUUGUAUAGUUCUUAAAGUCCAAAAUACAUGGUACUGGUUUUAGAACAACUCUGGUUCCCAGACAUUUCUUGUAUUAGCCUUUUUCCCCUCCUAAAUAAAAGUUAUUUGUAUUCACAUUCUGGAGUAAAUUUAUAUUAACUAGAGAAACUCAUCAAAAUCAGUAUUUUUAUAACUUGAGAAGCAAUAUUUCGUAUAUAGUCUUUGGGGUAUAUGUAUAUGGCACAUACAGCAUAGCUAUGGCUUCCUGAUGACACCCUUCUCUUGCUCAGAGAAAUUCAAAGCACAAAAAUAGAGGUCCUGCCACCUCAUUUAGUGUGUUGGAAGGAGUGAUAUGUUAUUUUAAAGCUGAACUUAACAAUAGAUAUGUUUGGACUAACUUGUAUUUUACUGCAUAGGUUUAAAGUAGAUUGUGUAAAUAUGUGCAAUUUAAUACUGUAAUGAGGGAAGCCAUUUAAAUUGCUCAUCUGUGUGCAGUGUAAUAAAAUAUUUUGUACUUUUUAAA